CCAGCUUUUCAAUGUUUCGCAGAAACGCUUUGUGUUGCUUUUCAUUUGCAGGGAGACAGUUGCAAAUUACGUAAAAUUGCUCCUGAAGAAGGGAAAGAAGAAUGGAGGGAGAGAAGGGGAGGGAGGAUUUUUUAAAAAGUAAUUCUUCUGGCAAGAUACAGUUACUGUUUUAUUUCUAUGCAGAACAAAGAAGGGCUUGCUGAAAGGUAGGCGAGUAAGUGGCAGAAAUUGGUAUUGAUCCAAGCUGGGAAUAUGGGCAGUUUGAGAGCAGCAGUGGGGGCACUAAAAUGCAGGGAAGGAACUCAUGGAUACAGCGAGGGCUUGGGAAUGCAGGGCCACGGGAAUGGAAAAUUACGGCCAGCAGCAGCACUAGAGCAGAGAGAGACUCUGGGAAUGCACCAGAGGUUGAGAUGCAGCAGCAGUAACUCACAUGGCUGGGCAUCAGGAUUAAUGCAGAGACACAGCAGUGAGUGGAGAGCAUCCCUGUGGGCAGGCUGUGCCUGCGCUGCCAGGACGUGGGCUGCCUCAGGAUCCACAGCACGUGGUGGUGUGAGGGAACACAGGUGUCUGAGAGGGGCUGGUAGGGAGGUCAGAGCAUCUCAUUGUCCCCUUCUCUUUUGUCCAAGCAGCUGUGUGAAGCCAACGUGGAGCAGUAUGUGUGAAAUGGUUUCUCUGUGUGAACAGGACAGGGCAUUGCAGCUGGCAGCACUGGAGUUGGUGCUGAAGGGUGCAGUGUGGGGUCUGAGUGUUGUCUGGGGGCUGAUGCUGGGCUAACCUUGUUUGAGGUGGUCUUUGUGGUUUGAACCCUUGGGCAGAACAGGGAGCCCCUAAGCAGGCAGCAGCACAAGUGCCCAUUCACUGCAGAGGUGAAUGCAAAUGCUCAUUCUAUCCAAGAUUUGGCUCAAGGGGCUGAGAACUAACAGCAAGGCAAGGCAGCAGCCCUACGAAGUACACACCCUGAAGAGGCAGAGGGAGAGCAAGCUGCCAAGGCAAACAUUGCAGCUUGCAGCCUACAGAAUUGGAAGGAUAAAGAAAUUAAAGAUCAGCACCCAUUGCUAUGUGCUGUUCAAAAAUGCACACGCAGGUUCUGUCCUGUGCACAGGCACAUCCUAUCCAUCCCUCCCAUCCUCUCUAGACAUUGCUGCCUUUUGCACAGCUGGGCUCUCAUGACUUGUAGCACAGAGCUAUAGCUUUUGUCUCCCAGAGCUGGCAUAUUUUCUGACAAGCUCACCUAAGGUGGUGGGCAUGUUCCUGUGUGUCUCCUCUGCUAUAGGAGAAAUAUUCCCAAGGUGAAGACAAAAGAAGAUGUAGGAACAUUCUUUUGCUAUAGGAGAGGUGGAGAGGUAGAGCAUGGUAAUAGGACAGAAGGGAAUCUUGAAUGAAGGUGUGUGGAGUCAUGGAAUGGCUUGGGUUGGAAGGCACCUCUAAGAUCAAAUAGUUCCAACCCACCUUCCACAGGCAGGAUUGCCAAACACUAACUCAGGCACUGGAUCAGGUUGUGCAGGGCUUCAUCCAGCCUGGCUUGAGCACCUCCAGGCAUGGGGCAUUCACAUCUUGUCUGAGAAGUGGAGAAGUCCUGGAACAGGAAGCUCUGAGAAAGCAGGUUGUACCUUUCCCUUCUCAUCCCAUUCCCAUUCAGAUGUUGCCUUUGCUGCCCCACUAAGGCCCACGUGCAGCAGCCAGGAGCAGCACCAGACUCCUGUAGGACAUUUCAGAAGGUCUCCUGCCCUGCUGCUGGACAGCUGUGCUACUGGCAGAGCUCUCUCAGUUGUGAAAGAAGGAGGUGCUGCCAGGAAUCCCUGAAGAUGAGGGGCAAGCAGCCUCUAAAAUGGAGCCAUGCAGAAUCUCACUGACUGACACCUGCCAGCCUGCUGUAAUCCCAGCUACCUGAACAUUUUGAACCUGUCAGCCAGCUGUUCACCCAUUGAAUUGUGUGUUUAUGUAGCUGGAUGCUGGGCAUCUUGUCCAGAAGCAUGCCAUGAGGAACAGUAUUAAAAGCUUUGCUGCAGUCCAAAAAGAUGACAUCAACUGGCUUCCCUUGGUCAACAGCAUGGGUAACCUUGUCAUAAAGUAAAUUAAGUUAGCUAAACAGAUGAACCUGCCUCUUGAACCCCCUCUUGGCUAUGACCAGUGACCACGUUGUCUUUCAAGGAUUUCUCAGUAACUCCCAGAGUGAUCUCUGUAAUUCUGUCAGGAACUGAAUUGAUGCUGACAAGCCUGCAAUUACCAGGGUCUUCCUUCUUGAAAACUGGGACAAAGUUUGCCAGCUUCCACUUGACUGGGACCUCUUCAGAUUCCCCAGACUGUUGAAAAAUAAUUGAGAGAGGUCUUGCAAUGACACCAGCUCUUAGAGUACUAUGGGAUGGAUCCCAUCAGGCCGUGUAGACUUGCAUGCAUCCAUCUGGAGCAGCAAAUCCUGCACAGGUUUGGAGUUGGAUGGGGGUUUAUCAUUCCCACAGGCACAGUCCUGCAGCUCAGAGCUCCGGGGGUCCCAGGACCAUCACUGCUGUGUGUCACCAGUGUGCUGUUCUUAUUUAACAUCUGCCAGGCUGGGGUCACCCAUGAGGAUAAGGGCAGCUGAUCUGGAGGCAUCUCUGAGUUUCUUACAGAAUAAUUCAUCAGCGUCGCCAUCCUGGCUGGGUGCCUAUGGUAGGUUAUUGUUGACAACCCUGCCUGUCCCUGCUGAAAAGCUGAAGUUUUCUUCCUUUAGCUUCCAGGGACACACUUGGUGUCCUAGCACCUGUAGAAAAAGAUGUGAGGCAUUUGGCAUUUCCCUUUUCUCACCUUUAAGCCCCUUUGGCACUGAGCUCAGAUAACAAGAAGAGAUCAGAGCAAUGGGGAAUAUCAUCCAGUGUCCUCUUUGGUGCUCUGAGACAUCAGGGAAGGAGCCCCACGAGAGCAGCCUGGCCAUGGAUCCCAGGAGCCUGACCUGAUGAUGUGUGCCUGCCAAAGCCACGCACGUGGCAGGGCUGUCUGUGCUACACUGAGCUGACCUCCCUGCUGCUUGUCUGAUGCUAACUCACAGUAAUGGUGCUGUCACUUCUGCAGGGCUAUCAAGACGAUGCAGAGGCUUUGAGUCACAGCAAUAAGCUUCUUGCCUUGCUCCCAGAGCAGUGCUAGCUGGAGGGAGGACAAGGAGAGCUGACUGUGUUAAGGGAGAAGGAACACAGAGCAGUCAGUGCAUGUGUAUCGUGGCCAUGCGCUCGAGUGGCUGCUUGCUGAGUCCUGUGUGCACUCAGCUUUGGAAGGAAAAGGAGAGAGCUCCCCUGCUCUGUGCUGGGGGAAAAGUACUUUCCAGAAAACCUGUGGGAUGAGUUCCUCAGCUCUCCUUGUGACACAAAGCAGUGAGGUGAAAGCUCUCCAGCAAUCUUUCUCCUUCAUGUUGGAAGCAGAAGGCCAUUGCUGUGUGGGCAGGAGCUGCGUGGUUUGGGCUCUGGACUUUAUGUGUGACCUCCAACAUCAUCUCCCUUGGAUUCUUCCACGUGGAGCACAGCUCUCAUUAUUAUCCUUGUCUCCUUCUGAAUGGCAUUGAAUGGGGAUUGAAAUGGACUGAAUUCUUCAGCAGCUCUUAGAGCUGGGCUAGAGUGCUGCUCGUUGCUAAUGUUGCUCAUUUCUUCAUGAAGGCAGAUCCUUCUGAAUAGGGCCAACACACCAGGGAAAGAGCAAGCAGGAGGUUUGGGCACCAGCCCACUGUAUUCCCCACCAGGAGUUCAAAUGAGCAAACCAGCAUUUAACUUUGGGUGCACAGCUAGAAUUGAUUCCAAUCAUCGUGCAGGGCAUCUUUAACUGGCCAGCAGAGGUCCAGCCCACAACCUACAAAGCCUGAAAUCCCAGGACCUCAUUCUGCCAAUGGCCUUGGAUGCCUUUUGGUUCCUGAAGUCCCAGAGGAGCCAGCCUGCAUCAUGUGUUUAAUGCGCUCUGCCUCUGACCCACUUAACACUGUGAGGUUCCCCUGCAUUGUACCUGGGGGGGCUAUUCUACAUAACUUAACUCCUAAUUAAUAGAGAGGCUUGCCCUGUCGUCCGUGGGGGCUAUCUGCAGCCUGAAAGCUGGAGUAGCAAAAGGAGGGGCUCGCUGCUCCUCCUGGCAAACGUGGCUGCUGGGUUGCUGAGCUGCAGGCAUUGCUGCAAACGUGGGUUUGGGGAGCAGAGCAGGGAGAGAAGCUUUGGGAUGAGGGGUGGGCAUCUGGCCCACGUGGGUCUGCUGGCGUGUGCAAAAUGUGGCCGUGGUAUUCUUCAGAAAUGAACAAAUAGGUUAAAUUUUAAUGCCCAGCUAAAUAAUUUAAUGAGGAAAAAUUAAGCUCAGCUUGUGAGGCGGGCGCAGCCUCGUAAAUCAUUUCUUUGUCCUGUGUGGCACACGUGUGUUCAUGUAUGUUUGUGUGGACUAGGCAUGCAGGCCUGUGCACGUGCAUUUCUGUCACUUGGGAUCCAAGGCGUGCAUGUGCUGCCUCUGGCUGUGAUUGUGGGCCCAUACAAACCUGGCUGUUGUGGGCUCAGGUGUCCCUGAUUGCUGUGCAGCCUGAGGUGGUGACCAGAGAAUGAAGGAAUGCCCACCUCCAGAGUGUGGCUCUUCAGACUGAAAGCACGACCUGCCCGCCAUCCUGCCUCUGAAUAGCUUUCUCACGUGGAAGAGGUGAUCUUUGGCCAUCCUUUCUGUGUUCCCCAUCCUUCUCUGUCCUGUUCCUAUUGGGCGCAGAGCUCUUUGCCAAGACCUGUGUAUGAUUUUUAUUUGCCACAGAGACACUUCCAAGGCCUUUGGUGAUGAGUUAAAGCAGCUGUGGGCCCCCUUUGUAUUUGUAGGCUCACAUCUCUGCUUGAGAGGCCUUUGAAAUUUUGUUCAUCUUCAAUGGCAGCGUGGGACUUGGAAGGAUUAAAGCCAUGCUCCUGCUCGUGGAAACCUCAUGUAUGCAGUUCUCUGCAGCCAGGGCCAUGCCUGCCUCCCCCUCAGUUGGGAGCUCUCUCAUUUCAGGACACAGCAGCACACACAGAAUCCUGCUGUUCUCUUCCAACCCCAGCAUCUGGACAAAUUCCUCACGUCUUGUUUUCUCCCCUUUCCCCACCUCUUUGAGGGGCAGACGAGGACCAGAGCUCAGUGAGGGCAGUGUGCAUCCCUUGGCUGUGAGCUUGGUGUGACACCAACGGUGAGUCUCCCACGCUGAGCUGUGGGGCUGCCAGGCAGUCAGAGGAAAAGCUAUGGCUGCAGCCGUGGGGUGCAGUCCUUGCCUUCCCCUAGGAUGCCUCAGCUUGCCGCAGCCAGGCACUGCUGGCAGGCUGGCACCACUGUUGACCCGUGGUGCUGCUCUGGCAUCAGUGCUGGCACCUCUGCAGUCCUGCAGCCUGCGUGGCCGUGCUGUGGGCUCACCCCGCUGGGGCCUUGCAGGCUCUGGGGAGGGGGAAGGGGUGGACAGAUGGACGGAGGGGGCCCCUCCCCGGAGAUCAUACCAAAAUGUCUCUUUUCUGCAAAGCAGAGGGAAUGCCCCCAAGAGCUGGUUUCUAUGGCAACCACAAAUGUCAGGUUCCAUGCGGUGAAUAACCGUUUCCAUGACGACACCUCCUUUCCCCAAGGUGCUUGGAACUGGAGUGACAGCCCUUUUGGGGGAGGGGACGGGUGAGCUGUCCCCAGAUGGCACGCCCGAUUCAGGUGAAGCCUGCAGACAGCGAGAGCCGUGGAGGUAGGGACAGGAAGCUCUUUGUGGGCAUGUUAAAUAAGCAGCAGUCUGAGGAUGACGUGCUUCGGCUCUUUGAACCAUUUGGGGUCAUUGAUGAAUGUACGGUGCUGCGUGGACCUGAUGGGAACAGCAAAGGCUGUGCUUUUGUAAAGUUCUCAUCUCACACAGAGGCUCAGGCAGCAAUCCACGCACUCCACGGCAGCCAGACAAUGCCCGGCGCUUCCUCCAGUCUAGUGGUGAAGUUUGCUGACACAGAUAAGGAGAGGACCCUCCGUCGUAUGCAGCAAAUGGUGGGGCAGCUGGGGAUAUUCACUCCAUCUCUCACCUUGCCGUUCAGCCCAUACAGCGCCUAUGCGCAGGCUCUGAUGCAGCAGCAGACGACCGUCCUGUCCACCUCCCAUGGCAGCUACCUGAGCCCCGGCGUCGCCUUCUCGCCGUGCCACAUCCAGCAGAUCGGGGCAGUCAGUCUGAACGGGCUGCCAGCAGCACCCAUUGCACAGACUUCAGGGCUGCACUCACCGCCUCUUCUGGGAACGACAGCCAUGCCAGGGCUGGUGGCACCCAUUUCCAAUGGGUUUACUGGCGUGGUGCCCUUUCCCAACGGCCAUCCAUCCUUGGAAACAGUUUACACCAAUGGCUUUGUACCAUAUUCAGCCCAGAGCCCGUCGGUAGCAGAGACCCUGCACCCAGCCUUCACCGGCGUCCAGCAGUAUGCAGCUGUGUAUCCAACCACCUCCAUCACCCCCAUCGCGCAGAGCAUCCCGCAGCCGCCGCCCGUCCUGCAGCAGCAGCAGCGUGAAGGUCCUGAAGGCUGCAACCUCUUCAUCUACCAUCUCCCUCAGGAGUUUGGAGACAAUGAGUUGAUGCAGAUGUUCCUUCCCUUUGGCAAUAUCAUCUCCUCCAAGGUGUUCAUGGAUCGUGCCACCAACCAGAGCAAGUGUUUUGGUUUUGUAAGCUUUGACAACCCAUCCAGUGCACAAACUGCCAUCCAGGCCAUGAAUGGCUUCCAGAUUGGCAUGAAACGUUUGAAGGUCCAGUUGAAACGACCCAAGGAUGCCAACCAUCCCUACUGACAGCAGCGAGCAAGCAGGAGUCACUUCUGCAGCACAGUGACUCACAGGACCAAACUUUCCCAUUCAGACGCUCCUUGCCAGAGGGGUUGGAAGCGAAGGGUUUACCUCUGCAGCCGUGUCUUCUCAGCAGGCACUGCAAACAGACCUGAACAUUUUGAGAGGAUGCCUGGAUGGACAGAGAGCGAGGGAGGGCCCAUCUCCCCGCUCAGCAUCAGCACCAAGCGAGGAGAAGGAGAACUACUUACCUCCAGGGUUAGGGCACAGCCAGCUGCUCCGCUCCGCUCACUCACCCACCAACCUUAGCACCAGCCUGGUGAAGGAUCGCUCUGUCUUACCCUCCUAAGGGCUUCUGCAGACCAAACUCCUGCAAUUCGGUGCCGGUUGGGCUGAAAGCACAGGAAACCUUUCCCUGCAGGACCUGCACUGCCGCCCCACAUCUCAUUGCUCCUCGUGGUAACAGGACAGCAGAGGAGGAGGAGGAGGAGGAGGAGAGGGAGCGCUGAUGGAACGGCCGGGCCGUGCAGGACCCGGAGCUGCGUGCAGGCAUUGCUGGUUCGCAGCCCAGGUGGGACCUUCCCCAUUGAAUUCAGCUCUGCAGCACUUCCCCAUCGCACACGGGCGGCAUCGGGCCGCCGUCCCUGCGGUUCUUUCUUCCCCAGCGCUCCCUCCGAGGGACAGAUCGCACAUCACACAGCCUGCGUCUGCAUUCGCACCUCCGCACGCACUGAAGCACAGCUCGGAGCUCUGUGUCACAACCCCUGCACGGGGGGAGGGGGGUGGGGGGGCCGUGCUGCCGGGCCGAUCCCUCGGCCGCCACGAACUGCUGCUUCCUGCUGAAGCCGAACGCGGCGCAGAGCGGGGUGAGGCACGGGGGGCGGCGCCGCGUGUCUGUGGGUGGGGGGCAGGACGGGGUUGGGGCUGCAGCCCCCCCCGCUCACCCCACUGCAGUGAGAGGUGGCGGAACCGGGUGGGCCGGGGGGGUCUGUGUGUGUUUCUAUAGUCCAUGUUUACUUAUUGUAAAUACCAUUUUUAUACUUAACAUCGACGACGUCCGUGAUUUGUAUAAUGUACUUUAUUUCUGCUACGAGUAAUUUCAUGGAUUUAAACUUAAUCUAAUUUUGAACAAAAAAACAAAAAAACAAAAGAAAAAAGAAAAAAAAAAAAAGG